GCUACAGAAGUUGACAGCGCGAAAGACAAUAUUAAAUUUAUAGUUUUAAUGCAAUUGAAAAACAAAUUUAAAAAAGAAGAAUACUAUUAGUGCUAGGAAAAACCAAAUUCAGCACAUGAAUUCGACAAUUGUUUGUAAAACCAUAAGAGACGCAGGCCAAAAAAAAAAAAUUUAAAACGCGCGCAUGCAGUAUUGCUUGUUUAAAUAAACAUUAAUAAAAUAACUAUUUGAAUGAGAUGCACAGUAAACUAUGAAGAAGAACGAGUAGUCACUUUCGAUAAUGGCAAUGUACAUAUUUGUAUGUGUUGUGACCGCUGCAAGAAUAGUGUAUUUUUAAACAAGUCUCGGGCGCUGAUAGCUCACGCGCACAGGACACAAGUCCUAACAUAAAAUUGUCGAUUUCACGCCAUCUAUGUAACUCAAAGCGCUGAAAAGCAGCAAAAGUUUCAACUCAUUGGCAAACAGGCUAAACAAGGACCCAGUAUUAAUGCUCGUAUUUUUAAAUAAAGACAAUACACGAGGUGUAAUUUUGUGAAAAAAAACGGCAACGAGUUUGACUACGAUGAGCGCCGCUAACCAGGAAUUUUGUGUGCGCUGGAACAGCCAUUUGGGCAGCAUUGGAGCGGCAUUUCCCCAGCUCUUGGCCGGCCAGAGAUUCGUCGAUGUGACGCUGGCCUGCGAGGGUCACCAGUUGCAUUGCCAUCGCUUGGUGCUGGCCGCGUGUUCCACCUACUUCGAGGCGAUAUUGGCCGAGCAUCCGUGCAAACAUCCCGUCAUUAUAUUGCCGCGGGAGAUCAAGCUAUGGGAGAUUCAGGCACUCGUGGAUUUCAUGUACAAGGGGGAGGUUAAUGUCACACAAGCCGGACUUGGUCAAUUGCUGCGUUGUGCCGAACAACUUCAGAUUCGCGGUCUAUACGGUUCCGAGGCGACAAUAAAUUACAAGAAACUUCAUCAGGCGAGUCUGGAUGGAGGUGGAGGUGGAGGUGGAGGUGCAGGUGGAGGAGUCAAGGAUUCAGGAUCAACCAUGAGAAGCAAUAAGCAUGUGGAUGGUGCCGAGACAGAUGAUGCAGCCACUAAUUCAACCACCUCAACGACAACUAACUCCUCCGCUCCACCGUCAGCAGUUAACCAGCAGCAGCAGCCGAUAGUAUUGAAGCGAGAGAUCCAGGAUGUGCGCCAGAGACCUCAUAUAAAUGGCAGCAAUGCUCAACAGCCAUCUAAGACGACACCUGCCGUUGUUUUGGCCAGCCACUCGAAUGCAGCCACUGAAGAUGACUCCGCCGAUGAGGUCUCCAACAAUUGGAAUGCCUACAGGGACGAUUUUGAGGAUUACAAGGUAUCUCCGCCAGCCGUACGCAACAUAGUGAACGCCCAACUAUCUCUUCAGCAGUCGAGGAUACAACUGCAGCUUCAGCAACAGCAUUAUUUGGAGUCCAAUGUUGAGGACGACCACAACUAUGUAGCCGCUCACGAUGAAAAUAUUGAUGGCAGCUUUGCAGGAGGAGUGGGCUGCGCAUCCGGUCUGUCUGUCAGCCUUGACACUGAUCUCGACACAUCUGCAAACACUUCCGUUGGAUUGAUGCACAAUACCAUCGAUGGCUAUACUUCAUACAAACGUGUGCGGCGCUCAGAGGCAUCGCUGGCACAAGCGGCCAAAUGUGUUUCGAAAGGCGAGACAUUCCAAACUGUCAGCAAUAUGUUCAAUAUUCCCGUCUCCACCAUUCGUUUCUAUAUGGCGCGAAAGGGCAUUCUACCGAAACGGAAACGUGGACGUGGUGCUUCCCAUGCUGGGAACAUAAUUAUCACAACAAACUCAGGAAAACUCUCAACCGUCCCUGCGAACGUAACUCAUCCCCAGUCCCAUCAAAUGUCCUUGGACAGCUUACAUCUAAAGGCCGGCAUCACGAAUACCAGCGGUAGCAAUAGUCCAGCGACUGCUACGGCUACGUCCAUGUCACCAUCGUUUGACAUGGCCAGCUCAGCGGAUAUCGUGCCUUUUCACCUCCAUAGUGAUGCGGCGGAAUUCAAACUGAACGAACAAAAGUUGCACAUGAUCUAACCACGCAGAUUGCUAAGCUGUACUCUACUAGUAAGACAUAUAUAUAAUAAUGAAGAGGGGGACUUUCAAGCAGUUAAAGGUUGGGAAGCUGCUUUUUUUUAUUUUGGGAUACACGAGCUGAUGUGUGGGAUCUUUAGUCAUAACAUAGUCAACAAAACAUUGUACAACUUUUCUCCUUCGAUUUUUUUUAUUACCUUUUGAAGUUAAUAAUUUUAUUCUUGGUUCCUUAUACUUACUGUUCAACCAUAAUUUGUCAUCAAAUAUUUCAGAAACUAUUAUAGUAGCGCUAUCUAACAAGGACUAUGACUAAAACUUGCGUAAAAAUUUCAAAUCUGUUUUUUGUCGCCCAGUACUCUAAGAAAUUACUGUAUUGUUAUAAAGCUAAAUAAAAUCAACCUGGAAACUUAAA